AUGACCCUGAAAGACCCCGUGAAUGUCCACACCCAACAUGCAUACCCAAAUCGUGCAUCAUCCGGGCAAGAAUUGACCGAAGAACACGCCAGCAUCGACGCCUCAGCCAAUCUUUCCAGUCCAGAACAGCUCCUCAGCCUCCUUCCUGCUAACAUCGACCGGAUACCCCUUAGCCAGCGGCGGGACCUUCUCCCCCUCGGGCUCAACCGCACACACGGCAAUCGCCGUCGCGAACUUGCCCUUGCCAGCCUGAGCACCUUUACCGCCAUACCCACGCUUCCUACCUCCGGCCCCAGGCUGCUCGUACAACGAGUCCUGCGGGACAUGUUUGCCCUCGAGGAUCUGCUGCGCCACGCGGUUCUCCCGGUGAAGGUUUCCUUUGUGCAGCUCGUCCUUCUGCUCUUCAACAUCGUUGUAUUCCGAUGUCGAGUGCUUGAAGUUGCUCCAUUCCAUCACCUUUUCCUCGGUACCCUUGAUGGGGCGGCCUUUGGGGACGAGGAUCGGGUGCGGUAUGUAGCCGGCUGCGUCGCGGUCGCCCCAGCCUGCACAGUCGCCGUCCGCGCGCUUGCCGCCGAGGUUGUCGGCUUCGUUCUCGUAGUAUUGGGUGUUGUUGGCGGGCAUUUGGAUGAGAGUUUCGGGUUGGGAAUAUUGAGAGGUUGAGU